GAGCGCGAGCUGGAGCUGCUGCGCACCAGCCUGGAGCAUCAGUGCGGGGUGAGCGAGCUCCUGCGGAGCCGGCUGCGAGAGUUGGAGGAGGCCCGAGAGGCUACGGAGGAGGCAGCGGCCCAGUCUCAGUCGCGCGAGGCUGCAACCCAGACCCCAUGGGGUUGUGUUGAGAAGUCCACGCAGACCGAGCCUUCCGCGGAGGUCCCUUACCUGACGCGGAGCCCGUCUGGACUCACAGAUGGGGACAGGGCCAUAGCGCCCGCGGGCAUCCUCAAAUCCAUCAUGAAGAGGAGAGACGGAACACCUGGCGCCCAACCCAGCCCCGGACCCAAGAGCCUGCAGUUUGUUGGGGUCACCAACGGAGAGUACGAGAGCUCAUCCAGUGAGGAAGACAGUGACAGCGAAGAUGGUGCUGCCGAUCCCCUGAGGAGCAGCUCCUGUGGCUCUGGGGAGGACAGCGGCCAGGGAUCUGACUCGGGCACCCCCGGCCCUCCCAGCAGCGGAGUCGUUCGGGACCCCGAGCCGGAGCCAGAGGCAGAGCCUCAGCCGGGUGCGCAGGGGAGGUGCGAACUGAGCCCGCGAUUGAGGGAGGCGUGCGCAGCGCUGCAGCGGCAGCUGAGCCAGCCCCGUGGAGUCGCCCGUGACAGCGGCGCUGCGCGCCUGGUGGCACUGGAGUGGUUUCGAGUGUCCAGCCAGCGCCGUUCGCAGGCUGAGCUUGUAGCCGGGGUCCUGCGGGCGGUAGCAUGCCUGGGACAAGAGCUGCUGGCCCACGUGGUGAACCUGGCCGACGGCAAUGGGAACACAGCCCUGCACUACAGCGUGUCCCAUGGGAACCUUGCCAUCUCCAGUUUGCUGCUGGAUACUGGAGUCUGCAAGGUUGACUGCCAGAAUCAAGCAGGCUACUCAGCCCUUAUGUUAGCUGCACUCACCUCUGUUGGGCAUGAGGACAUCUCUGUGGUCCAAAGACUCUUCCAAAUGGGCAACGUCAAUGCCAAGGCCAGCCAGACAGGACAGACAGCCCUCAUGCUGGCCAUCAGCCAUGGCCGACAGGACAUGGUAGCAGCCCUGCUAGCAUGUGGGGCAGAUGUCAAUGUGCAAGAUGUGGACGGAGCCACAGCACUGAUGUUUGCCAGCGAGUACGGGCACCUGGAAACUGUCCGGUUGCUACUGGCCCAGCCAGGCUGCGAUCCUGCCCUCCUGGAUAAUGAGGGCACCAGUGCCCUGGCCAUGGCUCUGGAGGCUGAGCAGGAUGAGGUGGCUGCUCUGCUGCAUGCCCACCUGAGUUCAGGCCAGCCUGGUCCCCCGUCACCCCCUGACUCUCCCACGGCCACGCCUGGUCGAAGAGGAAGCAGCGAUAAUGGAGAGGACCCCCAGCCUCAGUGAGCGGCCUCGCACAACGGACCUGGAUAGGGGCAGGGUGGCGAAGGAUUGACCUUUCUUAACAAAUAAAACAUUUCUAACUGAA